GCAAUAUGAUGAGCGGUCUAUAUUGAGAGAUAAUGAAGUAGCCACUGAACAUUCUGAAGAGGGUGAAGCUGCACAACAACUGAGGCAAGAAACUGUCCGCCAACUUGCCAGAGAGCAAGUAGAACGAAAUGUUAUCUUAAUAAGAAACGUUAUGCUUAAGAGAGGUAGGCGCUCGAUUGAGGAAUAUAAUACUGGUGAUUAUGUUCGUGUAAAGAUUCCACGGGUUGAUAGACAGCGUUUGGGAGGGAAAUCAUUAGUAUGUAAAGUGGUAGAGGGUUCAACGACUUUGUACUUUAAGCCAUUACGAGAAGUAAUUCCGUCGAUAGUAUUGCAUUGCCGACAAAUAACAAUAAACAGAGUGACAGUCAACCUCAUCGAGGCCAAUUUCGAAAUACGUAAUGACGGUGGUGGCGAAUUGAUCAUAAAGCUUCCUGAACCCAAGAUGACCCAGAGCGAAAAGCUAGAAGGCGAGUUUCGACCUUUUUGUGUCUACAUUGAAUACAGCUUAACCAACCCACAAGGUGGGAUAUGGUUUGCCGAGGCUACAUCGCCGGAAGGCGAUCUAUUACCUCACGUAUAUACGAUCAAUCGACCAACGCCCGGUGGAACAAGAUUGUGGCUACCGUGUGUGGAUGAUCUGAUGGAGCAGCCAACAUGGCACUUUGAGUUUAUCGUACCAAAGUUAUGUCUUCAGUAUCCGAUUACAGUGCUUUGUAGUGGUACAUUCGACAGUGAAGAAGAUCACAAAACUGAUCCCGAGAAAAAGGUUGUCAAGUAUACUUUGGAUGUCAAAACAACAGCCCAUAAUAUAGGAUUUGCUAUUGGUCCAUUUGAACGUUUUCAGCUUCAAUAUGCAGAGAAAGAUGAUCAAAUGUCCAUAUUGCCUGAAAUCUUUGGGUAUUGUAUGCCGAAUAAGGCACAAUUAUUGGGAGAGACGUUCUCUACAAACUAUUAUGGUGAUACUAUGAGAUUCCUCCUCGGCGAAUGUUGUACUGUACCUGUAUCGUCUGAGGAAAACGCUCCACGAAAAGGCUUCUUUCCCUACCGUUGUCUCAAUUUUGUAUUUAUCGAAAAUUCAUAUGCGGCUGUAAACUCUGUCGCGUCAAUGAUAAUUUGUCGGUCAUGUAUUCUACAUCCUCGGGAUAUACCAGAGCAAACGUAUGAAACUCGACGGCUGCUCGUUGAAGCAAUCGCCAUGCAAUGGUUUGGUGCGUAUAUCGUUCCUCAGAGUUGGCCCGACUAUUGGUUAGUGCCAGGAUUAUCGAUAUACUUGUCAAUACUUUGCAUAACUGUACUGCUCGGGAAGAACGAGGCACGGUGGCGAAUAAAAGAGGAUAUUGACAGAUGUGUUGAGGAAGAUGUUCAGAGAGACCCGCUUUUCCGGCUAGACAGAAGAUUGCCGCUUGUCUCGGACGAGAUAAAGUUCAUGGCUUUGAAAGCACCGAUAGUCAUUUAUAUGUUGAAUCGACUGCUGAUAAGAGGAGGGUACCCGCAAGGAAUGUUGGGAAUAAUAUCUGACAUGCUUCUUAAUGCAAAAGACAGCGUUCUAAAGAUCAAAUCAAUGAGCACCAAGAGCCUUCUUGACAUGUGCAGGAAGGCUAUCCGUGCUGAACGACGUGAUGAAGUCAAAAGUUUUUUUACGCAGUGGAUUUACGGGAGUGGAUGUCCUAAAUUUCGAAUAUCUCAUCAAGUAAACAGGAAGAAAAUGAUGGUUGAGUUUCAUGUCAAGCAAGAGAAUACGAAUGUUAUAGAUAGUACGCAGAGUCCGCGCGCUUAUAAUCCAACGCCUGUAUUCACUGGGCCCAUGGUCGUCUGUGUGCAUGAAGCAGACGGUAAAUCAUACGAGCAUACUCUCUUCAUUAAAGCGGAAGCUGAAAAGCACAUGGUAAAAUUUAAUACGAAAUAUAAGCGCAUACGACGAACUACAAAGAAAUUCAAACAGCAAGCACCCAACUCCGCCCCUACUCAAGAGGAGGGCAUUAGCGUGUGGGGUUUGGCCAUGAAUGAAGAAGAGAAACAAGAGUGGGGUGUUGUUGAUUGGGAUGAAGCAGAUGACGAAACAGCAUCGAGCGCAUAUUUCGAAUGGAUUCGGCUGGAUGAAGAUCUGGGAUGGAUUUGUAGUCUUGAUUUUGUAGACCAGGUGGAUUAUAUGUGGAGUACGCAACUCGUCAAAGAUCGUGAUGUCGUUGCGCAGGCAGAGGCUGUGAAAAUGCUCGAGAAUUUGCCAUCGAAACCUUGCAUAUCUACGCUUAUGCGAACACUGCGUGAUCCUCGGUACUUUUAUCGUGUACGAGUACUGGCUGCAGUAGCUAUCGCAAAGGGUACUCACAUACGGGAUAGAGAGAAAAAAGAUCGAGAAGAAUUGCGACAAUUAGCAAUUCGUUUGUUAAUUCGAACAUUCCAAGAGAAUUAUUGUAUACAUGGCAUAUCUAGUGGCGAGCAUGGCUUCAUACCAAAGCCCAAUCAAUUUGAUGACUUGAGAGAAUAUUUCGUAAAGAAGUCUCUACCCUGGGCGCUAUCGCUCAUUCGCGAUGACAAAGGAGAAACACCUGAGAUUGUUCACAAGUUUUUGUGUACUAUAUUACAGAUGAACAGCAUUGCAGACGGAUCAAGAUUUGCUGAUGAUUAUUACAUAGCGGCUUUAAUCGAAAGUUUAGCAAAUGCAUUUAUACCACUUGAUCAAGGUAUUUUUGGGAAUCAAGACGUAGAGACAUUUUUGGAAUAUGAAAACCAUUGGUUGAUAGCCGCGUUAGCGGAGAUCGAGCGAUGCCUCCAGAAGGAUUGGAAUAUGUGGCCAUCUUAUCGUAAUAUCAUCGCUGUUGCAUGUAUCCGGGCAAAGGCAAACCUCAUGAAAGCCGGUGUUAUUCGACGAGAUAUUAAGAAAUUCUUUGAGCACACGCUAUAUGGAAAUUUCGUCGACGUGCGUGUAGGCGCUAUUGAAGCCUUGGUGCAGCUGGAUGGAUGGGAAACAGAUGUAGGCCUUGAAUAUCUUCGCCACCUGGUGAGAAAUGAUCCUUGCCUAUAUGUUAGACGUUUAGUGGGAAGAAUUGCCGGAGUUGUUGAUGGGGGACCUUUUUUCUGGGGACUGCCAAAGAGGGCUGACGCUAAACCUGAGAUUCGUCUCUCCGUCGUCUCUAAAAAGGCGAGUAUAAAAUUAAAGAAAAAUCCAGAUGCAGAUCUUACUCCAUCAGUCGCCUCCGACAGUAUGCUUGGAAAACGAAAGAAUGCAGAAGCGGAUGCCAGUGUUGGCCGAGUUAGUGAAUCAGUGACGAACGAGAAUACUUCACAACCGGCCAACAAGAAGCGAAAAAAACGGAGUAAAUCUGAAAAUGGUGAUAAAGCAGACAAAGGGGAUAGGGUAGAUAAAAAGAAGAAAUCGCCAAAAGCUGAGCAGCCUGCAACGGCAUCUACAUCUGCAUCCUCUUCUGCUGCAACUAAAUUGAAGUUGAAACUGAAAAUAAAGAAGGACGGAUAG